AUGGCCUACGACGAUGCCUACACUUACGAUGCUCAUGAUAUACGACCCGACGACAGCAUCAGCCGCCGAGGAGACCAGGCCAGCGUUGGCAGCUCCGGUAUGAAGUCGACCACGUCCUCUCUCGACGGAGGUCCAGCAGACUCGCACGUUUCUCAGUCGACAUACAAGAAUGACAGACCCAUCACUCCUCCAUCGCGAUCCAUUUCAGAACGCUCAGCCCAACCGCAAACCCCCGCGACCAUCUCUGGCAACAAGGAAAGAGUGAGGUACAGUUGGCAGUCGAUCCACGAGGACGAGCCCAACAGGCCAAGAAUACAUAUCGUCAAGAUUGUUUCAAAUACUGCAACAGCUUCGGCAGCUUCUCCCCAGGGUGAAGCCUUGGCCUUUUCCUUGUCGCCCGCUGGAAAGAGGAUCGCUGCAUACAAUUCGGCCAGGUUGUUUGUCUUUCAGACUGCUGCUUUGCCUGUCAAUGUGUCGCACGAAUAUGCUCUGCGAAGGCGACCACUGGCUGUCGAGAUUUGCGACGAAGCCAAUGUGCUCGCUGUUCUUGUUGACGAACAUACAGUCAAUGUUUAUGACUUGUCGCGCAAUAGUGCUCGUCGCAUGAGGACCGUACGCACUGACUUGCCUACAUCAACAAUCGCCUUGUCUUCUACUGGUGGUCUUCUCGCUGCCGCUUAUGAGGGCGGAGUCGAGGUCUUCUCUCUGGCUCCGAGUGCUCUCAUCACUGAUCGACGUGCUGUGAGAGCACCAAAGAUGGACAAGUUGGUAUUCUCUCAGGACGACUCAACUCUGCUUGGAACAACUACUCGCAUUUUUGCUUCGUCCACACUUGUAGUUUCUGUACCAAUCUUUCCCUCAGACUCUGCUUCCCAACCUUCGCAUCAAGAGCUUCAGGAAGCAUGGUGUACUGGAAUGCUGGAGCCGCAGAACAUCAAGAAUAGCAGCCAUGCGACUUUCAUGCGUGAGGAAGGAGUCAUGACCAACGACAAGCUUUUCGCCUGGAACGGUCUUGAAGACACAUUCGGUGUCCUGCAUACUCAUGAUAUGGUCUACAAUCAGGUCGACUUUCCAGUAGCCAUUUCGCCUCCGUUGUCUACGUGCGGAGGCCUUGGAGCCGCCAUCCACCACUGUCCAUCCAUUGAUGAACACGGCAAGAUUGUGGCCAUGAUCGUGAAUGAUCGCACAAUCAGAUUGUACAUUGUCCCUCAAGAUGCUGAAGAUAGUACCACAAAAGUAGAGGCUCACAGCAUCGACCACGAGUUGGACGAAGAGUAUGGGUGUCCAUUCACAGAUCUUCGCUGGGUUCAUUCACGUCUCAACCUACCUGCUUCUGCACACUCACCUCAUCAAAUAAGAGGCAGGUUGGUCGUCACAAGUCCUGGAUCUUCAGUAGAUGCAGAAAAAACAGAGCUGAGUGUGCAAGAUAUCGAGGGUGGUCGAAUCAUCCUUUUCGACUUUGAUCCACAGUUUGCUGGUCAACCGGGUCAAACCUUUGUCUUCAAUGUCGGCAAAGCUCCGCCAGUAACACUAGAGGAAGAAAAGAUGGAAGUUGCAGAUGAGAUCGCAUUGGUCAGACGGCGGACAGUCACCUCGACCCGAAGCAACACGCUGGGAAAGAAAACACCAUCUCUUGGAAGAGCCGCUACAACUAUUUCAAGACGCCAAGAUAACUCUGCGUAUCGAGAUGGAAGCCCAGUGGGGUCCGCACAGCAACUGUCUUUGAGUAACCCGCCGUGGAGGAGCCGUCGAGUCAGCUCUUCUCUGGUCUCUUUGUCUGCUGAUGCAACGCGGUCAUUACCUGACUUGCUCGAAGCAAGCGAAUUGGCUGCUGAGUCGCUUGAGCAGCCAUAUUCACAGGGAGCACCUCGCUCGUACGUAUCAAUGGAGCGGGCGACCACUGCUGCGAACGCGCAUCGCUUUCAAGCACUUGAAGAACAAGAAGCAGAAUCAGACCAUCCGGGAGAUAUUACAUUACCUGCCUACACUGAACAUCCAAACCAACCACUACCCCGAAAGUAUCGCGCUCUUGCUGGUCUGGAUAUACCUCAACAGGGGAGCUUUGCUCGGCAAAACAACAAUCCCUCAUCUGCCAUCCACACAGCGCCUCCCACAGUGCCGGAACAUCGUUUUCCUGCUCCUACCUUGACAACGUCUUCCGCAUAUGCUGUGCCUCAAUUUGCGACCUACAAUCAACCUCCUAGUCCCAUGAGACCUGUACUUAACUCAGCCCACAGUGACCACUCUGACUUUAGUGCAGUGACCUCGAGAUCCGGGACACAUGCAACUUUGCGCACUCAACAGUCCUGGGAAACAAUCAGUACAUCUGCACAAACCACACCACAUGGUCCUGCGACAUUGCGAUCUCAGCCAAGUUGGGAGAGUGGCAGAACGAUGAGUUACUUUCCAUCAAAUGCAUCUCAAGGCACGAGUAGGACCGUGCCGACGAGUCCAGAGCACAUGCGAUCACCCCAGAUGAUGCAGGGCUUGGGUCUUCAAGAUUUCCGGCACUCGAUGCUACUGCCUCAACACCGCCAUGAGCAGGAACGGCCACGUACGACAGCAUCGGACUCGCAAGUCAGAGAAGAAAACACAAAUUUCAUUCAACACCGACCACCACAUGUGAAUGCCAUGCAAGCAGUCAAUUUCGCUGCUGCCAAUACACUACAACAUCCAGCAAUGACACUAUACCGCACCGUCCUGCUACAUCAGCAGCCGCAGUCGGCUAUCAAGUCACCGCCUGGUCACCUCCCGCGCCCGCCUCUCCACAGGAAGACUGUCGCCCGACCAUCGCAUCUCGCUCCAAGAGUGCUGGGUUCCCAUCCUCGCGCAUGGGUGCUAGAGCAGCUUCUUCUUCUAUCGCUUUGA